UGUCAUUCUGUAUACAUGCGUACAUGUACAUGUAUUUCCUUUCAUACUUGGUAUACAGGAAAAGCCAGGAGAUUAAAACAAGCCAAAGAAGAAGCACAACAGGAAAUAGAAGCAUACAAGAAAGAGAGGGAGACACAAUUUGAAGAAAUUCAACAAAAGUACUUGGGUUCCAAAGGAGAUCAGGCACGUGAGAUUGAGAUCCAGACCGCUGCUAAGAUCCAAGAGAUAAACCAGAGAGUAGGCCAAACUAGAGGACAGGUCCUAAAUGAUCUAUUUAACAUGGUCUUUGACAUCAAACCAGAGCUACAUCAGAACCUUCAAGUUUGAUUAUUAUAUUGAUUAUCUUUUAGUAUUUGAUUAUUUCACCUAUUUGGCCAAGAUGUUGGAAAUGAUAAGUACUCCGAGUCCUUUGAUUUGUGGUAUGCAAUAUACGUGCGUAUUUAGAAUGGCACUAGUGGUUACCCUCUUAAGGCAAUGGGUUGAUAUCCAGAUAUUUCAUGGACAUUUUUUUUCCUGAUAAUUCAAAUCAAACUCUCAUUCCCAUAGGCCUCUCCCAUGCAGACUGAGCACAUUGACCCAUGCUUGUUUGCGAAUAUUGAUUGUGAUGAGAGAUAUGUUAUGUAACUUUUGUGACCUUUCUAUAAGAUUGCAUUCAUUUCUGAAGAUCCAGAUAAGAGAAACACACCCUGAAGACCAGGCAUGUGAAUCAAUCUCAAAAAGUCCAGCAGCUUAUUUGCAGGAGUUUCUGCAUUUUAUUAAUAAAUCAAUAAUGAAUUAACAUGUUCACAUGAUAACAAAAAUAUAAAUGAAUACAUUUUAAAUGUGACAAUCGAAGUGAUGAAUAAUACUGACAAAGACUGAUCAUUAAAUUAUACAUAAAGUAUGUGAUAUACAGGUACUGUAGUAGGUUUGGUAAAAUACAGUGGCCAGCUAUUAUAAUCACGAAACUGCUUGAAGCAAUAGCAGCCAGGAGAUUGGCUGCUUAUUGGCAUAACUAGGGUUGUAAUAAGGGCGGUCCACUGGUGACUGACUGAUGCUGCUGGUCACCUGUGCAAUUUCUUCCUGACUGGUGGACCGCUGAAAUAAAGAAUCAUGUCAUUCUUUUGUAUUUCUUUAUUUUAAAGGUCCACCGGUUUUUGCCAAAAAAUCAUGGGGGCUAACCGGUCAAAAAAAAAAACCCACAAUGAUUAGUCUUUAGAUCUUAUAAACUUUAUAUGAAAUGUGAAAUAUAUACAUAUGUGGUGGAUUUUGUUUGUGUCAAUGUUUCCUCUUUGUAUUAGUUUGGAUAGGUUAUUAGAUCUCUUUUAAAAUUUGUUUGGAAAAGGAUGGCAUCAUUCAGCAAAUAUUCAAAGAAAUGGUUUUUAUUCUACUGCAGAUAAUGUUUCUCAUGUUAAAUGUUGGCCAUAUUUCUUCCAAUAACAAAGCAGAAUAGACACAUGGCUCUGCUUUUGUAAUUCAGCAUGGAGUAUCAUGGUCACAUAAAAUCAAAAUCUGAAGCCUUGGUUAAGUUUUAGAAAGGUAGAAUAUUGAUUUUCAUCAGAUGUGUUCAUGUGUAUGUAUCAGGAAAAUAUAUGGGGCCUGUUUCAUGACGAGAUGAGCGAUACAUAGGAACUACAGCAAACCCAUGCUGUUGUACUGUAUGAGGCGGACCAACAAGCAUUAUGAUGCAACUUGUAACUUCCUUUUGAUUAUAUCAAUAUCAAACAUGUAACCAACAGUCAAUAGUUUGAAUUUUUGAAAUUAUUUGGAAAUGCAGGUACUUUACCAUUUUUUUUCUCCAAAGAUUUCUUAAUUGCCUGCCCUUGAGACAUUUGUUUUCUUUUUUCGAUUUUUUGUAUUGGAGUUCUAAGUGCUGCAUUGUUUUAAGUACGUGUAGUUGCAGCAAACAGCGGUUUCAGGAGAAAGUCAUUGAAAUCAAGGUCAAAGGUCAAUUGUCACCAUAUCAUGAAAGAUCUAGAUGAUUACAUAUACUUAAAAGUAAUGCUAUGAAUUCCUGAAAUAUUAGCUAAAAAAUGACUACAAUGAAGGUCACCAACAUAGAUAAGCAUAUGUGGGGUAGUGUAUUAUUAUUGAUUGGAAAAGGACUGACCAUCUGAUGCUUAUAUUGUCAAACACAUUUAACACUGUUGGCCAUUUUGUUUUUACACUAAUUUUAGGUCAUCAGUAAACCUAGUAGUCAUCACCACGACUGGCAUUUGUAAAGUACAUUAACUUCAUUAUUGACAUGUACAGUUUUGCAUGAUACGUUCACCUGUACUCAUGUUAAGACUGUGUGCAAUCUCAUCCUUAUACCCCUUUCAUAAACCCAUCCUCCAAUUAGCCGCCUAAGAGUAAUGCGGAUAAUUCAAUAAAAAUUGCGUUCACAAACUCCGAAAAUAAUCCGCACUAUUUUUAUGAGCGCCCGUCCUGAAAAAGGCGGAUAAUCGUCAUGACAACUGCACACGCCCCCUCCGAUGCGGUCGUGUUGGAAAAGGGUGACCUUGUGACCGCACCAUGGCAAUUAUCCGCAUUAUUUGGAAAUGCGUUCAUAAAGUCAAAAUAUGGUCCCGAUGCCGCUAUUAUGCGGAUAAUUGCAGCAUCAAAAUAAUGUGGAUAACUCUGGUCCUCCUCCGAUUUUACGACCAAAUUAUGCUGCUAUUAGCCGCAUAAUUGGGUUUAUGAAAGGGGUAUUAGUGUCUCUUGGACCCAGUCUCAGUGAGAGCAGGGAAGCGUGUCAUGAAAGGACUUGUCGGACGUUUUAUCCGACAAGUCAUGUUUCAUCCGACAGUUACCAUAGUGACGAUGCUUCUCAACCUAUCAAAAUAAGAAAAGUUGUCAGGUCUGACAGCUUGUCGGACAAAAAUGUUGAUGAAAUGCUACCCAGGUACUUGUUUGAUGAAGAAAAGAAGACCUUAUGCCAUGAUUCUUCUCAAAUCCACUGGUUUGUUUUAAAUACAUCUAUUCCAUUUUCUUUAUUUGGCAGUAGGAGUAAGGUGAAGAAAGUGUAUACAUAGCCCUGUUGUUUGUCUUUUUCUUUUCCUUUCUGUUGUAGAUCUAUUCGAGUACCAAGUCAACAAAAGUGUUAGUAACAUUCCAAUACAAUUGAAUUCAAUUUUUAUUAGGACAAAAAAAAAAUUAUUGAAGAAAGAUUCUUGGUUUACAUGUUGCUAGUGAGGAGCAGAUAGAGUCAGUAUGUUAGUACUGUGAAUUUAUUUCCUCCUGGAGAUUAAUAAAAGAAAGGCAAACAUUGAUGAACUUAUCAUGGAUGUAUGUAGGUGCCCUAUUAUAAUACAAGUUAGGCAAUUCACUGUGAAUGAAACUUUAGUUUGUACACCACAUAAAAUACAAAAUUGUUGUGUUUUGGCAUGCCAUACGCCCAGUGGUGUAUAGUAGUUCAAAAGACAAUUUGAAAUGGUGCUACUCGGUAAAAAUAAAAGCAUAGCAAGUUGUUUCAGGCUUCGACUCUAACGACAAGUUAGUAAAACUUAAAACAUCUGUUCAGAAGUUGUUCGAGUGACAGGCUGAAACAAUAUGCUUGAAAUUUUAAACAGUGUUUUUACAGUGAAUUUGGAGUUGACACACUUGAAGAGAUGGCUAAAAUGCCAUAUGAUCUCUCACCUGCCACAUUAUCUUAGAGGCAGACAAUUUGACUUCACAUUUAAUAUGUUUAAGAUACAGUAUAGUCUUUUUACAUGUAGCUAACAAGGACUGGCACGAGUUUUAAUCAUUGUAUAUCUUCUCAGUAGAGAAUAGACCAUUCUGUUUGGUUUUGUUAGCUCUAAUCACCACUGAUGAAUCAACUGUUUUUUUUUCUCCAAAUCAUUAAUUUUUUGAAAAUUUUCAACUUAAUAUUCACAUGUCUCCUGAAACAACCUUGGUUGAUAUUAGUUGUAUACUUUUUAAAGGUUGUAUCUUUUUAGACGAGGGAUAAAUCAAUUUGGGCAUGAUACAAACUAUCUCUGCUCAAGAAAUCCAAUUUGUUAGUCAUCAGACUUUCAUGUUUUUCCUUGAAAAAAAAAAUCACAGUUAAGAUUUAUUUGUUAUGACACCCCAGGUUGCAAUAUAUGGGAUGUAUGAUUUAUGUUAAAAUAUACAUAAUGUAUGUUUGUGUUUAUUGUGUCAACAUUUAUCAGUACACCCUAUUUAGAAAAUUGAUAUAAAUGUCAUAUAUUA